AUGGCAUCCAGCUCUGUGUUUCUGUCCAGCAUGGUGGGUAAAGCUCGCUCCUCCAACUUCACCCUCUCUGAGAAGCUGGACCUGUUGAAGCUGGUCCGUCCUCACAUCCGUAUCCUGGAGGAGCACACCAACAAGCAUGCGGUCAUCGUGGACAAGAACAAGUGCUGGGACACUGUGGCGGAGCAAUACAACGCAUUGGGAGGGGACAGACCCCAUCGCACCGCUCAGGGCCUCAGGACCCUCUACAAAAGGCUGAAGGAGUCAGCCAAGCAGGAAGUGAUGCAGCGGAGACACGCCCAGCCAGAGUACAGAUCGAGCAUCUCUGAGCCAACCAGGAGAAUUAUGGAGAUGAUCCCUCACCUGUUCCACCACGUGCCCAUCCAUGAAAAGGACCAGGCACUUCGCAGAUUAAUAUACAGCAAGCACAACUCUCCUGUGGAACAUCCUGGCAGCAGCUCCUCUCUGGCUGGACUCCAGGAUUACUCAGCAGCUGUCCCAAGUAUCCCCGAUGAGGUGGUCCAGCUGGACCCUGAAGAGGAUGUUAAACCACCGCCAGACCUCCCCAUCAUCUCCACACACACAGAACCAGGGCUGGACGGUGGCCAGGAGCAGGAGGGGGACCAGGACUUGAGCAGCGUUCAUGAUUUUGAAGGAUCCCUGUCUCCCGUCCCCUCCUCCGUCAAUAUCCCCCUCUCUCCCUCGCCGCUGCCCUUACGCCACGACCUCUACCCCAAUGACAUAUACCCUCACCACGAGCCCGACAGGUUUCGCCCUCUGCACCUAGCCAAAGAGGAGCACGAGAUGGUGUUAGCCAAUCACAGGAAGGUUGCCAUUUACCUGGAGGAGAAGAGGGAGGGUCUGAAGAGGAAACAGGACCUGGAGGAAGAACUUCUGAGAGCCAAGAUCAAAGUGGAGAAACUAAAGGCCGCUCGACUGAGACACGGACUGCCAAUUCCUCUAUAACGAGCAUGAACGUGCACAUCUGUGUUAGAAAGAGAAACGCUCUGAGGAGAUUAAAGUGCGAAGAAGAAGAAGCUGAGGAGCAAUCACACUCAUCAGUUUCAUGUUUGAGAACUUGAAUUUAUUUUGGAAAAACAUAGUGCCUCGUACAGACACUGAAGGUCUAGAUGAGGCUCACUUGUGUUGCCAUCAGUCUGUGUUUAUACCUGUCAGUGUUUAAAAUGUAUCAUCAUUAUCCCUCCUAUUGCCAGAAGCGACAACAGACCUUGUCAAUGCUCACAUUACAAACAUUGUGACUGGCCAUAAUAGAUUAUAUAAAUGUGAACGUCCAGCUAUUUGGAAGGGAAUAGUAGUAGUAAUGCACCUUCAUGCUUAUACCAUGAAGGUGCUUCUCCUGAUUAGAUCUGCCACCAAUAUACAUAUAUGGGAAAUGUAUUAUAGUGUAGAUGAGCUACCAGCAUUAACUGAAAUAGUAUGCUGGAGUGUGAGAGUCUGCACAGAUCAUGUCAGGGGGAUUAUUAGCACUCUUUUAAUUGUUUGUAGAGCAAAUUCCCACAUAAUGUGGCAUCUGUAAAAAUCAGAUGUGAAACUGAAAAAGCAUUUCUUCUUAGUCUUACUUACUUCUAAGUAACUAAACUAGAGAUGUUUAAAAAAAGUGCUCCUUUGGAAGUAACGCUUUUAUUUAUUUAGAACUGAAAAAUAUUCCAACACCCAGGAUUGGAGCACAAGUCAAACUCUCGAAGGCCUUAAUCACAAGAUGCUUAUUAAUACAAAUCCUGUUGCUGAAUUUAAAAGGAAGUGAGAGAAAUCUGUUUAAGUCUUAAAUUCCAUCUGGGUGCUGAAUUGAUCAAAUGAAGAGAUAU